UUUAUUAUUCAUUCAUUCAUCGAAGAAGAAGAAGAAGAUACAUACGAAAGAAAGAAAGAAAGAAAGAUGGCGUUGCAUUGGUUGGAAGCUGUUCUUCCUCUCGGAAUCAUUGCCGGAAUGCUCUGUGUUAUGGGAAACGCUCAGUAUUACAUCCACAGAGCUGCUCACGGCCGACCUAAGCAUAUCGGCAACGACUUGUGGGACGUCGCCAUGGAACGAAGGGACAAGAAGCUCGUCGAUCAAGCUGCUUCCAAUUAAUUAAUCAAUCAAUCACAGGCAGGUUGUUUUAUUGGCUUGCUUGUGAAGGGAAUAAAUUGCUUAUAUGAUGCUCUCUUGCUGUUCCAAGGAAGCAGAGUAGAUUGCUAAAAUUAAAUUUCCAUGUGUUUUCUUGUAUGAAAUUUGAUGUAAGCAUUAUAAUAUACAUAUUGUUUUCUUUGAGUUGAACAUGGUGAAAUAGACUCGUGAUCUCUGUGAUGCUUUAUAAUAUUUGGUGCUUUUUAAA